AUGCAGAAAACCACCUACUACGACAACGCCGCGGCUGCACUCUUCGGAGGCUUCUCCUCGUACCCUGGCAGCAAUGGAUUCGGCUACGACGGUCCCCCCCAACCCCCCUUCCAGGCCGCCACGCACCUGGAGAGCGACUACCAGCGCUCAGCGUGCUCGCUGCAGUCCCUGGGCAACGCCGCCCCGCAUGCCAAGAGCAAGGAGCUCAACGGCAGCUGCAUGAGGCCCGGCCUGGCCCCCGAGCCCCUGCCCGCCCCGCCCGGCUCGCCCCCGCCCAGCGCCGCACCUACCAGUGCCACUAGCAACAGCAGUAACGGGGGCGGGCCCAGCAAAAGCGCCCCCCCCAAGUGCGGUCCCGGCUCCAACUCCACCCUCACCAAACAGAUAUUCCCCUGGAUGAAAGAGUCGAGGCAAACGUCCAAGCUGAAAAACAGCUCCCCCGGCACAGCGGAGGGCUGCGGCGGCGGCGGCGGCGGCGGCGGAGUCAGCGGCGGCGGGGGCGGGGGCGGCGGCGGCGGGGGAGGGGACAAGAGCCCCCCGGGCUCGGCGGCGUCCAAGCGGGCGCGGACUGCAUACACGAGCGCGCAGCUGGUGGAGCUGGAGAAGGAGUUCCACUUCAACCGCUACCUGUGCCGGCCGCGUCGCGUGGAGAUGGCCAAUCUGCUGAACCUCAGCGAGCGACAGAUCAAGAUCUGGUUCCAGAACCGGCGCAUGAAGUACAAGAAGGACCAGAAGGCUAAGGGCCUGGCCUCGUCGUCGGGGGGCCCCUCCCCCGCCGGCAGCCCCCCGCAGCCCAUGCAGUCGACGGCCGGCUUCAUGAACGCCUUACACUCCAUGACCCCCAGCUACGAAAGCCCGUCCCCGCCCGCCUUCGGCAAAGCCCACCAGAAUGCCUACGCGCUGCCCUCCAACUACCAGCCCCCUCUCAAAGGCUGCGGCGCCCCGCAAAAGUACCCGACCCCGGCGCCCGAUUACGAGCCCCACGUCCUCCAAGCCAACGGGGGCGCCUACGGGACGCCCACCAUGCAGGGCAGCCCGGUGUACGUGGGCGGGGGCGGCUACGCGGAUCCGCUGCCGCCCCCUGCCGGUCCCUCCCUCUAUGGCCUCAACCACCUUUCCCACCACCCUUCGGGGAACCUGGACUAUAACGGGGCGCCCCCUAUGGCCUCCAGCCAGCACCACGGACCCUGCGACCCCCACCCCACCUACACAGACCUCUCCUCUCACCAUGCGCUUCCUCCUCAGGGUAGAAUCCAAGAAGCGCCCAAAUUAACACACCUGUGA